AUGUACUUCGUCCCCUUCGCUUCCCACAUCCUCGUCCCUCCUGCAUCUAGGUCCCCCGUCCGAUUUCUGCAUCGCGACCAAUUUGGAGUGGGUCUUACUGGCACCAUCGAUCUGCAACAUCUAGGAAAGCGUCGCCGACAAGUUUCUCGUAAACCGACGGCUUUGGCCUGGCCUACUGCACGGAGCAUGGCUACUUUGCCCGUGAAGUUUCUUCAAGCCACGCCUCGAUGUCAUCGCCCUUGUCCGGCGGCUUCUAGUCUCAACGGCCAGUGCCCGAGCAACCCAAGUACUUCACCGACCUCUCGGCGAGGCGAGGACUCGAAAAAGUCCCAGAUACCAGGAAUUACGGUUGAAAUCGGACAGAAGAAAAGCAUCGAUCGAUACCUUGAUUGCCUCAGACAAGCAUCAGCUGAGCCUUUCCAGGGUCCAGUCAACGUCGUUGUCAUCCCCGCGUUGGGAAAACUGUUCGUUCGUCGGGUCGCCUAUGGCCUUCAAUCGCUUCGGUAUUUUCAUUCUAGCUUCUGUGCCUCCGGUCCAUCCCUCCCGUCCGCUCCACUCCUGUGGCCCGGCACAUGCAAACGAGCCAGCGACGCCAAGGCGUGCGACCGCCGCUCGCCGCCGCUGAUGCUGGACACCAUCUCAGACGGAUUGGUUCAAUGUGCUGCUCUCGACCUUACCUUAAUCUUCUCCGUCAACCGAAGCGCAUUUCCCACUCUUGUCUGUGUAAGUUCCUCCAUUCACCAAAGGACCACUUACACCACCUAUGUAUGGACACAAAGUACCAUGGACAUGAACUUGGCAUGGGUUCCAGUCUGCGAGACCCAGACCAAGACCCAGGACCCAGACCCUCCCAGGGCAUCCCUUACUAGCGAGCCCAUCUCUGGAGUCAGCCCGUUGCGACUCUGUCCCUGGCCCCAACCCCUGGAUGUGGAAAGGCGUCCGUUGUGGAUGGCUUCUUGCUUUGAGCCGAGCUGGCGCUUCACUCUUUGCGCCCACGAGCUCUUCUCCCAAGAGAGAUGGGCCAGCCAGGGUCCUGUCCUGUCCUCUAUAGGCUUUCUCCGGCAGAAUGACAGGAUCGCGGCAUCGAUGUUGCCCCAUUCGCGCGAAGAACCGAAUAGUACGGAUACCCCUUACCCAGUCCCAAUCUCCAUCUGCUCGUUCGUGAGCUCCGAGGCGAGGGUCCAGCGGUCCAGCUUCGAACUUGUCGGUCGAUCACGCCGCCUCAAUGGGACGCGGGCAUCCAUCGACGUCUGCCCCUCCCAUUUCUCUCCUCAAGCCUUCUCUCAACCGCCCAUUCAACCGGUGGCCCAGCUUCAUUAUACCCAAAGGCUUCAACCAGAUACGCCACUCUUUGAGAGUCGAUGA